GAUCAAUUAUUGUUUGGCCGAUCGACUUCGAGCUUUAAAAAUAUUUAAAUUUCAUCUUUAUAAAGAAGUGAUAUCAAUUGCUAAAUAGUAUUUUUUCAAAAGUUUUCAAUUUAAAAGUGAAUUAAUAUAAUAAAUCAAGUCAUGGCUUCAAAAAAAGAAGCAACUAUUAUUUUAUUCGAUGUCGGCGAAAACACAGAGGUCCCAUCAGGAAAAGGUGAAAAAUCAUUUUUCGAUCGAUCAAAAGAAUGUGUGUCUAAAAUCAUCCAAAAGAAAAUAUUUGCAAAACCAUUUGAUGAAAUUGCUUUAAUUUUGAUGGGAUCCGAUGAAACUGACAAUGAACUUAACAAAUCAUUUAACGACUACGAGAAUAUUGUUGAGAAGGUUCAUUUACAGUUGCCAUCGUGGGACAUGGUUCGAAAACUCGACGAAUUAACUACAACUGAUUUCGCAAGUGAUUGGGUUGAUGGACUUCUUGUUGCAAUCAACUUCGCAAAGGUUCACACACAAGCAAAAAAGUUUCAUAACAUUCGAAUUCUUGUUGUCACAAACUUUGUCUCUGAUGUUAAUGACAACAAUUUAGAUGUCAUCAUAGCAACAAUCAACGAAUCCAAAGUUGAGCUUUUAGCUAUUACAGAUUGUGUUGAACACACAGAAUUAAACACUUGCGGCUUCAGUCAGAUUCCUUUUAAAAACGAAACACAAGAAAAGAAUCAGAAAUUGUUUAGUGAAGUCAUUCAACAAGUCAACGGUCACAUGUGUCACAUUGAUUUGGCUGAAAAUCAACUUCUUACGUUCGAGAAGAAAAAGAUGCGUCCAACACCAUGGAAUUCACGACUGACGAUCGGUUCGCAGAUGAAAAUUGAUAUCAGUGCAUAUGUUUCGAUACAAGAAGAAAAAUUUCUUGCUCCGUUUAAAGCUGAAUGUGCAAAUCCAAACACGGCAACAAAAAUGGUCACUGAGUUCUCAAUAAAUCAUCAACCGAUUGAAAAACCAGAUGCAGAGGAUGUCAUAAAAACUUACAUGUACGGUUCAACUCCAGUUGCUGUCGCUGAUGAUGAUGACGAAGAAAAAAGUGAACAAUGUUUGUCAUGUCUCGGGUUUAGUAAGAAAGAAUUUGUUCUCAAAGAAUAUUUCUCUGGUUCUGGUUGUCAUGUUGUUCUACCAAGAAAAGGUUUCCCGAAUAGUGCAGUCAUGUUUGAAAAUCUUGUUGCUGCAAUGAAGCAAUCAGAUUAUUUAAUGAUUGCUCGGAAAGUUUAUCGUCGUGGAUUGAGACCAAUUCUUGUUGCUCUUUUACCGAAUAUUCUUGAUGACGUUCCCUAUUUUGUAAUGAUACAAUUAGCUUUUGCUAAUGAUAUCUCGCACUUCACUUUUCCUAAAUUGAGAACAAAGAAAAAUGAGCCGACAGAAGAACAAGAGAAAGUGAUCAAAGAACUUGUCGAUGCGAUGGAUUUGAUGGACGCUGUUGAUGAUGAUUCAGGUUUAACUGAAGCUUUCGCUACAGAAACAUCGUUAAAUCCAGUGAAUCAACAUUUGUGUCGUUCUGUUGCUUAUCGUGCUUUACAUCCCACAGAACCACUUCCAAACAUUGAUCCUGAACUUGUUGCAAUGAUUGACAUUCCACCAAAAAUCAAAGAAGCAAGCAAAGAUUUGGUUAAACAAGUUGAAGAACUUUUUCCUCUUGAAAUUGUUGAGCAUAAAAUUAAGAAAGUUUUUGGAAAGAAUGAUCCGAUUGAAGAAGAAACCAUUGAUGAAGAAAUGAGCGUUGACACAAGUCAUGUGAAAUCAAUCAUAGCGAUUGGAACAGCAACUCCAGCUGAAGAUUUUGGCAUUCUUCUCAAGAAAGGUGAACGUUUUGGAAAUCUUGCAGAACAAAUCCAAACAAUUAUUUAUGAUUUAAUGUUUCGUCCUUCGGUAAUGCAAAGGGAGAAAAUUCUCGAAUGCAUUAUGAUGUAUCGAGAACAAUCAAAGAUUCAUGGACCUUUCAACUACAACAGUUGGAUCAAAGAAUUGAAGAAUGUCAUCGUUCAACGUAAUCGUUUGGAGCUUUGGGAGGAUCUCAUUGUUAAAGAAAGUUUUGGUUUGAUCAUGGACAAUGAAUCUGCACUUUCCACGGUUUCGAUAGAAGAAUCAAAAGAUUUCUAUGCCAUUUCAAAGGAGAAUCUUCAAGGUGACAAUGAAAUCGAUGAUUUGUUGUAAAUUUUCUUUGUCAUUAUUCAACAUAAAAAGCAC